AUGCAGCGACGGGUAGCCAGUGCCGCUAGUCCUCAGACAACGAAUCACGAGAGCGACACUUCACAUACCCGAUCUGUCUCGGAUCAAGCAGACAGUAGCGAUGCAGGUCCUUCAAAUACCUCAACGCUGCACCCUCUCUUUCCAUCACCUCACCUCAGCGCUUCUCGAUCGCCCAGUCCAAAUAUCUCGAGGAGACGGCGACCUGCACAAGAUGCGCAGGAAGAGCAGCGAAGCAGCUCGAGCAGGCUAGAGGAUGACGAGAGCCAAAAUAAAGGUCAUACGUUGCCCUUCCAAGGAACCGCUCUGCAAAGAAUAGAAGGCUGGUUUGGCAUCCAGCCGGAAGCUACGCUGGGCAGCUUGCACGGCAUUGGCGUCUCGGGCAAGGCAAACCGACAUGCGAAUGCUACUAGUGCGACGGCAACAGUCGCAUCCUCCUCGACUCCAAUCUCCACUUUGCCAGCGCCAAAGAGCAGAUCAGCAGCUAGCUCAGCGACUUCCAGACUCGUGAUACAGCACCUUGUCCAACCUGCGGACACACUGGAAGGUCUGGCGCUCAGGUACGGCACGGAUGCGCGAACGCUCAGACAGGCCAAUGGACUUUGGCCAGGCGAUAGUGUGCAGGCGAGGCGGCUUGUUUACAUUCCCCUGGAUAAAUGCACUCGAGGUGUGGAAGGUCUAGAAAGCAAAGAUGCCGCAAUCUCGAACGGGAGCAUUGGCCCGAUGACCAGUUUUGGGCUUGUCUCAGCGCCCGAAGAGGUCGAAGUGUCAGAGGCGGGCGGUAGUGACUCCCUGCAGGCUAGCCCUGCAGCAUUCCGCAUACCACUACCAGCUACCGAAGAGGCAGAUGUCGACCAUCCCAACAGACCCACGCAGAGGCGUUUGAUGCCUCGAGCUAGCGAAUCUAUGCUCAGGCAACGCACGGACAGUACCAUUAGUGCUACGAGCUCGGCCACGAGCAGUAGCAUCGUCCCAGGCGCACCACCGAAGGUCAAGCGUGUACCCGUCCAAGCUCUUAGUCAUUUUCCCCCUCCAGCUCCUUCUGGCAGCAAAGGCACAGCACGAGGCCCGCUGGAAGGCUCAGACGAAGCCGGCGCAGACUUCACGUUUGAGGAGCCUGAAGACAUUGCGCCAGGCGAAAGCGGCGUGGACGACCUGUUGAGGUUAGCAGAGAAGGCUAGGAUGCUCGGUCACAAUGGUCGAGAAGACAGCUUCAACAGCACUGCAGGAUCUCAAGCUCAACCAGUCGAUGAGAAUCCUAGUGUGUACCUCACUAGUCGAUCUCAUGGAGCGCUUCAUGCCGAGAGCGGCAGCAGUGUGACCUCGUCACUGCGAAUGAGCGGCGCGAAUGAGUGGAAACCCAACAAGUGGACGUUUGGAGCUUCGCGCGCGGGAGCAAACGAAGUAGAAGGGCGUGCCUCCAAACCUCCGAGCCAGACAUCAGGGCUCUCCGCUCCAUCCUCUGAAAACACUUCUUCCGCUGCCUUGCGAACGAGCAACGCCGGAUACAACGGGUGGAACGACGCGCCAGAGCCAUCCUUGAAGGCGCACACCUCGGGAAAAGUAGCGCAUGCGUACGCGGGCAAAGGUGGCAAGAACAAAAGGGUUUAUGCUCCUCUGAUUCCCGGCAACUCGGUGCUGGACGAUUUGGCCGCUGGAUUGCCUCCUAAUCCUGGUCCUGCAAGCAACUGGGCUAGACCUAUAAGUGACAGCGUGCCAAUGCCCGGGUCUGGAUCUGCAGGCGGAACGAAUCAGGGAAGCUCUUCUGCUGCAAGGAAGGGAAGACUGCCGCCGCGAGGUGUUCAGGGUGGUCAGCCUGCUCGCGCUACGCAAGGUGGGUCAAGCACAUCGAGUGCGGGCUGGGGCCAGCUCUUCAGCGACACGCUGCGAGGGCGUAUCAAGCUGGAAGAAGCUCUAGAGAGGGGGUAUCAAGAAGUGGCAGCAUCGUUCGAAGGCGGUCAUACGAACGCAACGCCCACUUCACAAGCAGGAGCAACGGGAAGCAUUAGAGGUAGGCAUCCUCACGCGCAGCCUCAUUUGGCCGCUUCUCCACCCGAAAGACCUUCCGCAGAGUUGGCACGGCAGACCUUGGGCAGAUCCGCUCCCGUACCUGAUCUGCCAGCCUCGAACGGAGCUAGCACUGCAGGCGGAUCUGGCGCAGAUGGUGCGGACCCGCACGAACUCGAAAGGUUGCACAGUUGGGGAAGAGGUCCACCUGGCACUGUCGAUCCGGCCGCAUUUGGAUCUGCAGAGAUGCUUGCGACACCAAGCAGCACACGCGAAGAUCCGAUCAGCUCGGCUUCUACACGGGGUCUUUCUGCUUCUUCGAGAGGUGCUGCUAGGAGGCGAGGGGUGAAAGAAAUCGACUGGACGAGCACUUGA